AUGGUUCGGAUAAAUUUGGGUUCUCUCAGUUUUGUGUUUUUGAAUUUUUGUUUUUUAAGUAGUGGCAAUAAGUGUUUCAGUACUAAUUUACAAAAUGUUACGAUACACAGUGAGCACGCUGCCAAACAUAACAUAUCAUAUAAAAUACAUUGCAUUACCACCAAAGAUGGAUAUCACUUAAGUCUUUUUCACGUCUAUGACAAUACUGCUAACGAUGUAGCUUCAAGACAACCAGUUUUAAUACAACAUGGUCUCGGGGCAAAUGCAUUAGAAUUUACCAUUGAAAUUAACGACAUGAUUUCCAUGGCCUAUUAUCUGGUAAAAAAUGGAUUUAAUGUCUGGGUGGGCAACGCUAGAGGUUCUCUAUUUUCCCAGUCCCAUAAUUACCUAAGAAUAAGCGAUAGAAAAUUUUGGAAUUUCAGUUUUCAUGAAAUGGGAGUAAUUGAUGUACCAUCUAUGUUGGAAUCCAUAUACGAAAAAACUUCUAAACAAAAUAAAAUUAUUUAUAUUGGACAUUCAAUGGGAACUAAUUUGUUAGGAGUUUAUGCCUCUUCAUUAAAGGACCAUGCCAAAAAAUUCCUUAAAAGAGCUGUUUUAAUUAGUCCUGUCAUACUUAUGAAGCAUACAAAAGUAAAAUUAUUAAAGGUGCCACAGUUGUUUGAAUUUAUAUUUGCAAAACUACAAGCCUUUGGAUUUCACUCAUUAUUUUCAGAAAAGAGCCUUGAAAAAAGGUUACUUAGAGAAUUAUGCGUAUUUAGAGACAAUUUUGAUUUUUGUGGGGCACUUCUACAAAUCGCUAAUGGAAAACCUAGUAAACCACCAAAAGACUUCGUGAAAGAAUUGUUAAUGACUUGGCCUGAUCAGGUAUCAAUUAAAACCUUAAGACAUUUUUUACAGACCAUAAUAUCUAGAGGAAAGGCUCCCAUGUAUAAUUACGGACCUAGAUACAACAAAAUUUUGUAUAAUAGUGCAGUAGUACCGAAAUAUGAUAUUGAGGGUAUACAAGUACCAUGUCACAUUUUUUAUGGCGAACAGGAUGUACUAGCUCCAAAGGAGGAUGCCGAACUUUUGUAUAGUACUUUGACUUCAGAAAAAACCAUACAGGGUGUAUCAAAUUUCAAUCAUAUCGAUUUUAUAAUUGGAAAGGAUGUCGUGCAGAAGUUUUUUAUUUAUUUGGUAAAAAUAUUAAAUAAAUAG